CCAUCAUCGAAACCACGAAUCAAGAUAUCAACCUUUUUCAUACUGCGGCGUCAGUGGCCUUUAUCUCAUACGCCUUCAACCGCAUGUGUCGUUGAGGAACUUUGCCCUAAGCCUUUUCUUCGCUCCCGAAUAUAAACAUCUUUCUUUUGGCAUUCACCCACCGUCACAAUGGGCGUCCCCAAAUUCUUCAGAUGGCUCAGUGAGCGUUAUCCUGCGAUUUCGCAAUUGAUCGCUGAGAACCGCAUUCCCGAAUUCGAUUGUCUUUAUUUGGAUAUGAAUGGUAUCAUCCACAAUUGCACUCACAAAGACUCCGACUCGCCAUCUUUUCGGAUGACCGAGGACAAAAUGUUCAUUGCUAUCUUCAAUUACAUUGAGCACCUCUUUGGCAAGAUCAAGCCCAAAAAACUGUUCUUCAUGGCAAUUGAUGGGGUAGCACCCAGAGCCAAAAUGAAUCAGCAGCGUGCUCGUCGAUUCCGUACCGCCCUCGACAACGAAAAGGCCCGAGACAAAGCUAUCAAAGAAGGCUUGGAAAUGCCAAAGGAGGAUCCGUUCGACAGCAACUGUAUCACACCCGGGACAGACUUCAUGGCCAAACUUACAAAGCAAUUGAAGUAUUUCAUCAACAAGAAAGUAUCCGAAGAUGUCGAUUGGCAAGGUGUUGAGGUUGUCCUCUCUGGCCAUGAGGUUCCUGGUGAAGGCGAACACAAGAUCAUGGAGUACAUCCGACAGGCCAAAGCACAGCCAGGCUACGACCCGAAUGUCCGUCAUUGUCUGUAUGGACUAGAUGCUGAUCUGAUCAUGUUGGGUCUACUCAGCCAUGAUCCCCAUUUCUGCCUGCUUCGAGAAGAAGUUACUUUUGGGAGGCAAUCCUCGAAGAAAUCCAAAGAAUUGGAACAUCAGAACUUCUACCUCAUGCAUCUGUGCAUUGUGAGAGAAUACCUCGAGCUCGAAUUUCAAGAGCUAGAACUAGACGGUGCUCUCGAUUUUCCCUUUGAUAUGGAACGAAUCAUUGACGACUUCAUCCUGAUGGCCUUUUUUGUUGGAAACGACUUCUUACCUAAUCUCCCAAACCUUCACAUCAAUGAAGGAGCUUUGGCUCUAAUGUUUCAGAAAUAUAAGCAGAUUUUACCGGGGCUGGGUGGCUACAUCAACGAGCAUGGAGUAAUCAAUUUGCAGAGAUUAUCAGUUCUGCUCAAUGAACUGUCCGAAGUUGAGCACCGAUUCUUCGAGGCAGAGUAUUCCGAUACAAAAUGGAUCGGUGCUAAGCGGAAAGACGCUGCGCUAGAAGAACCCCUCAAACCAUCACGCGGACCUGUCAGGGUUUCGCCUGAGCAGAAACAGCUCUUUAAGGACAUCAAGAAGUGGUUCAUCUCUCCUGGUAAUAAGGAUCUGGCCACGAGACAGCCGCUGAACCUGCCCUUCACACUCCCCGCACGGGAUCGCAGAUUUGUACAGCAAUUGGCAGUCGAUCUGAACCUCCCAUGGUCUACCAAAGAAGACGAGGAAGGAAAUCGAUUUAUACAACUAGAAUUCCCACCAUCGCAGGACGAAGAGUUAGAGGAAGAAGAGUCGCUGUUGGCCAUCACCAGAAUUUUGAAGCGAUAUGAGAAUGCCAAAGUCGAAGAGGCCACAGAUGAACAAGCCCAGCAAGACUUGAAGAAGAAAUAUGAUGAGAAGUUCUAUGAAUGGAAGAACAAAUAUUACAAAGAGAAAUUUGAAUGGGGCCUUGAGGACGAGAAGAGUCUGCGCCAACUUACAGAAAAUUAUGUCCAGGGUCUCCAGUGGGUGCUGUAUUACUAUUAUCGCGGUGUCGCGUCGUGGCCAUGGUUUUAUCAGUAUCAUUACGCUCCAAUGAUAUCUGAUGUCAAGAAUGGCCUUGGUGCGGACAUGAAUUUUCAGCUUGGUCAACCCUUCCGUCCCUUUCAGCAACUGAUGGGCGUCUUACCUGACCGAAGCAAGAAGAUUGUCCCUGAAGUCUACCAUGACUUGAUGACAUCAAAAGAUUCGCCGAUUAUCGAUUUCUACCCCCGAGAUUUUCAACUGGAUAUGAACGGCAAGAAAAUGGAGUGGGAAGCCGUGGUGAAGAUCCCUUUCAUUGAUGAAAAGAGACUUCUCAGCGCUAUGGCCACAAAAGACCACCUUCUUUCCGAAGAUGAACGCCUUCGAAACGAUUUUGGAGUCAGCCUCAAGUUUGUCUACUCACCCGAGGUGGACUACACCUAUCCAUCUUCAUUAACCGGUAUUUUUCCGGACCUGCCUCAUUGCCACUGCAUACAAAAUGAAUUCGAGCUUCCAACUAUGGAGGGUCUAGAACCUUAUGUUGGCCUCGUCGACGGAGUGAAACUAGGUGCCGCUGCUCUAGCCGGCUUUCCUAGCUUGAAGACUUUGCCAUUCACUGGGUCGCUGGGGUUCCAUGGCGUGAAUGUUUUCCAACAGGACAGUCGUAACGAAAGUAUGGUAAUAACAUUAUCAGACACUGAAGCACGAAGCAACUCCGAGUACGCAAAGAAGCUACUGAAUCAGCGCGUACAUGUUGGAUACCCAUUUUUACAGGAAGCCAAGAUCGUCAAAGUCUCCGACGAGCUGUUUGAUUACACGAUGGCUGAGGGAGGUAACCAGCAGGUGCAGGCUAUUGAGCACACUGGAAGUGAAAUCGAUCAGUUCCACAAGAAAGCAGAGCGCAUUGAGAAAUGGUACAGUAAGAGACUCGGCAUGCUAGCGGGCGAUGUCGAGACACUUGUCCAUGUCGAGAUGCUCAAAGGCCUGAAAAAACUCGACGAUGGUUCCACCGUCAAGGAAUUUGCCGAACUUCCUGGAAUGGAGACCAUCCAUGCCACGCAACUUGUUGUUGAGAGUGUCAUCAGCGAGGAUGUGCGAUUCAUUGAGAAAUCGGCACUGCCGAUCGAAGAAGAAUUUCCAGAUGGAACCAAUGCUUUCUUCCUGGGAGAUUAUGCAUAUGGAAGGCCGCUCAGUGUGGUCGGGCAUGAAAAUGGCAAAGCAAGAUGUCUGAUUGCACUUUCUAGUGGCCGACAACAUGAAUUCGGACGUGACAUAGCUCAUCAAGCAGAGAGAUUGUCACCUUACACGCCAUCGUUUCAAGUUGCACGGAGUCUCAACUUGAACGCACUGGCUUUAGCCAAGAUCACUUCCUCAUACUCCGUAAUGGUUGAUGAUCAGCGAGUCAACCUUGGAUUGAACCUCAAGUUCGAGGCCAAGAAGCUCAAGGUGUUGGGCUACUCACGCAAGAGCCAGAGUGGUUGGGAAUUCAGCCAGAGAGCUGUUGAGUUGAUCCAACAGUACAUGAUCAAGUUCCCACAAUUUAUCGCUGGCAUCAACAACAAUCCACAAGGCGAUAUGCUACCGCCCACUGCGUACUUCCCAGGCGAUGAAAAGGAGGCAAAGGCAAAGGUCAAAGAAAUUCAGGCUUGGCUCAAGGAAAUCGAGUCAAAGAGUUUUGAAAAAGUCCCUCUGGAAGCGGAACAGCUGGAUUCGGAGAUUGUCAAGCGAAUUGAAGCCGCUGCUGAUGAAAUGGUUCGCACUGAACCACCUUCUCAGAACAAAGUCAUUGGAGGAGUUCCUCGGCAUGGUCUUCUGAAGCCCUCUGAUGCACAAUGGCGUUUGGGCAGCCAGAGUUACUCUCUAGGAGACAGAGUUAUCUAUGUGGCUGACUCCGGAAAAGUCCCAAUCGCAUCUCAAGGCACCGUUGUGGGCCUCACUCAGACCACAAGAGAGACUUGGCUCGACGUUGUGUUCGAUGUGUCCUUCAUGAGCGGCACAUCCUUGGGAGAUCGUUGUUCACCAUUCCGUGGUUCCACGGUGCCUACCUGGUCAGUUCUGAACCUUAGCAACCGUCAAGUUUUGGCAUCGUCAAAGGCAAGUGCCAAUCGACAAACGAGUGUAACCCAAUCACCACUCACAGUCACGGGCUAUGGACAACCAGGCAUCAACGGGCAAGGGCAAUUGCGUCCAGCUCAAACACCGCCAGCAUUACGCGGGACGUGGCGUGGAGCUGUAGGUGGACAAGUCAACGGUCGUGGUAAACUGAACGGAACACACAUGCCAAUUCGAAGUCUGUCUGGAUCCCCUGCCAAUGGCAACCGUGGAGCAACAAUAAAUGGUGCCCGAGGAGGUCGGGGUGGCUACACAACCAGGGGUGGCUACAAUCAAGUCGAUCGGGGUGAUCCUCAAGCCGGUGUGAUCCAGAAUAACCCGGCGUUCAGACCCAAAUCUCACAACAAUGUUCCACCGCCGUCUAAUCUGAAUCAUUCCAAUACGCCCCGCGGCCGGGGCAGAGGUGGUCGUGGAGGUACAGCACGCGGAGGAAGAGGACCUUCUUCUUGAGCCGAGUCCUUGACAACCAAUGGUAGUUGUUGAGUUCCCAUGAUUGUUCAUUAUUUGUGAGUGGCGUGAAUGUGGAUGACGUGGCAGCUCAACGAUGGGAUUAGAUAGCUAUCUGGAUUCUCAGGCGUCUUGAGUAGGCAUACGGCCAUGAAUGAACUGCUUCCAGACUACCCGAGCUUCCUUACCAUGGAAUGGAGGAAGGGGACGUAGGAGCGACCUGCAUGUUAGCAAAUAAAGCCCACCAGAGACUCAACAUUAGUUUGUACUAGAUAGAAUCUCCAUCAAUUCGCAUCAACG